AUGGAACCCAGCUUCAUUGAGCAUAAAGUUUUCACUCACAAGCUUGCCCCUUUCAACACCCCACCAACACCAAAGGUAGUUCGGAUUUCAGUGAUGGAUCCUUACGCCACAGACGAUGAAGAUGAACAUCAUGGGUUGGUUCACAAACCCAGAAUGAAGAAGAUUGUGAAUGAGAUCAGAAUAGGUAAUAGUAAUGUAUCAGUGGAAGAGCAUUUUAAGAGAAGAACCGAAGAAAAGAGUAUUGGAAAGAAGAAGCUUAGAGGUGUUCGUCGAAGGCCAUGGGGAAGAUGGGCUGCAGAAAUCAGAGAUCCUGUGAAGAGGACAAGGGUGUGGCUUGGAACCUAUGACACUGCUGAAGAGGCUGCAAUGGUUUAUGAUAAAGCAGCUAUUAACUUUAGAGGCUCCAAUGCUCUUACCAAUUUCAUCAAGCCUCCGGGGAAUGAAUAUGUUCUCCCAACACAAGGUUUUGAUAUGGACAUUGACACAAAUGUUGCUUUUGAUGAUUAUGUCUCUAGAGAAUUUAAAGGUACUAAGGUGAAGAGUGAGGUUGAAAGUGUGAGUUGUGAGAAUGAUUCAGGUAAAGAUCAGUCUCAUUUGCCUUCACCCAAGUCUGUGUUUGGGUUCAAGUUUGUUGAACCUGUGUUGGAGGUUUUUGAAACAAAGGGUGUGAUCAAAGAAGACCCAAGUUCGCAAGAUGGUUUUUUGUUUUUAGAUUCAGUGUCCACUGAUUGUUAUUUGAAUUUUGAAACUCAUGAUCCUCCGGUAUCUCUUAAUGAAACUAGUGUAACUCAUUUUUUUUUAAAUGACAAUUUCAGUGAUGUUUCUUGUCAUCUCAAUGGGGAUUUUGAAUCGUGCAAUUGGGACAUAGAUAAUUACUUCUAA